AUGUCACAGGUCUGGCAUAAUCCGAACUCACAGUCAAACGAUGUGGCUACCUCUAAUGAUGCUGCGGGCUCCAACGAAAGAAACGAAAGAAACGAGAAAGAACCUCUCCUCCAGGGAAACCAGUCGAGUUUUGUUCAGCAGCAACAACGCAUUACUUUGCCCUCGCUAUCUGCCUUGAAUAAUAAGGAAGAAAAUGGAAGAGAUUCUAAUGGGCAACUGCCUUUAGCUUCUCAUGGUACUCACAUAUUAGGUUAUCCUCCUACACAUCCGAAUAUCAUACCCUCAAUCACAAGUGAUUCUACAUUUAAACAGUCUCACGAGUACCAACCUCACCCCAAGUCUUCUUCCUCAUCUCCUUCUAUAAACACUUCGGUUAUGAACGCUGCUUCCGCUUCAGCACCGGCUCCUCUUCCUACAGCAGGAGGCGCCAGCUUUUCUUUGUCGAGAUUUGACAAUCCAUUACCGAUAAAUGCUCCUGUUCACACAGAAGGUUCGCAAAGCUAUAACUGUCCCCAAGAAGAAGAAAAAGCAAGUCAACAGACCCAAGAUCACAAGGAAGUUUCCGCCGGUGCGCAACCUACUGAUGCCACCAAGUCUGCCAAUGAUCAUAUAGAUACUAAUGACGAUAAUAAUAAUAAUAAUAGUAAUAAUAAUAAUGAGAAUUUCAACGAAGAAGACCCUGAUUACAGACCUCUAAAUGUCAAAGAUGCCCUUUCUUACCUUGAACAGGUCAAAUUUCAAUUUAGUUCGCGUCCCGAUAUUUACAACCUCUUUUUAGAUAUUAUGAAGGACUUCAAGUCACAAGCAAUAGACACACCAGGAGUCAUUGAAAGAGUAUCUACAUUAUUCAGAGGUUACCCAAUUUUGAUUCAAGGAUUCAACACUUUCUUACCUCAAGGUUAUAGGAUCGAGUGUUCUACUAACCCGGACGACCCUAUUAGAGUCACUACCCCCAUGGGUACUACAACUGUGAACAAUAACAUCAGUCCACCUGAAAGAGGCACCAUAGAUGCACAGGAACCCAGUUCCCUUCCAGAAGCGGACGGGAACGGUACUCAACGAUCCCACAAUGUGCCCAUGGUGCCUUCGAAUGUUUACCACUCAGAACAGAACCAAGAUCAACAGCAAGUUUUGCCUCUUUCAGCUACAUCUACCGGGUUACCCUCGAUUCAGCAAUCUGAAAUUCCUGUACAUCAUCAAAUUCCUCAAAUCCAACCUUUAGCGGUUCAAGAAGAUGUCAAAAAAAAUGUUGACGUCGAGUUUAGCCAAGCCAUAAGCUAUGUUAAUAAGAUCAAAACUAGAUUUGCUGACCAACCUGAUAUUUAUAAGCAUUUCUUGGAAAUACUGCAAACUUAUCAACGGGAACAAAAGCCAAUAAACGAAGUCUAUGCGCAAGUGACCCAUCUAUUUCAAAAUGCACCAGAUUUACUAGAAGAUUUUAAGAAAUUUUUGCCCGACUCUUCAGCUUCUGCAAACCAGCAAGUGCAACAUGCUCAACAACACGCUCAACAACAACAGGAUGCUCAAAUGCAGGCUCAGGCGCAGGCUCAAAUGCAGGCUCAGGCUCAGGCGCAGGCUCAGGCGCAGGUUCAAGCUCAGGCUCAGGCGCAAGCUCAAGCCCAAGCUCAAGCAGAACAGCAGCAGCAGCAAUUUUUAUAUCCAGCAUCAAGCUAUUACGGUCAUUCUAAUAAUCGAGGUAUCCCUCAACAAAACUUGCCACCUAUUGGAAGUUUCUCACCCCCAACAAAUGGUUCUACUGUACAUGAAAACUAUCAGGAUCAGCAGCAUAUGCAACCACCCCAUUUGAUGCCCUUACCAUCGAUGGUUCAACAUGGCGCAAACAUAGUACAUCAAGGGAUUGCAAAUGAAAACUUACCUCUUUCGGACUUAAGGACGUCUCUCACGGAACAGUACGCUCCUUCUAAUAUUCAGCAACAGCAGCAACAACAUCCCCAAAGCAUUAGUCCUAUAGCAAAUUCGCAGUAUGGUGAUGUUCCCGUUAGACCAGAAAUUGAUUUGGAUCCAAGUAUUGUUCCUGUAGUCCCUGAACCAACUGAACCCAUCGAGGAUAAUAUAUCACUUAAUGAAGAGGUCACUUUUUUCGAGAAGGCGAAGAGGUAUAUUGGCAAUAAGCAUUUAUACACAGAAUUUCUAAAAAUUUUGAAUUUGUACUCCCAAGAUAUUCUUGACCUUGACGAUUUAGUGGAGAAGGUUGAUUUUUAUUUGGGUUCCAACAAGGAACUAUUUUCAUGGUUCAAAAACUUUGUUGGCUACCAAGAGAGGACCAAAUUUAUCGAGAAUAUCGUUCAUGAAAAACAUAGAUUGGAUUUAGAUUUAUGUGAGGCAUUUGGCCCAAGCUACAAAAGGCUACCGAAAAGUGAUACUUUCAUGCCAUGUUCAGGUAGAGAUGAUAUGUGUUGGGAAGUUCUGAAUGAUGAAUGGGUUGGACAUCCUGUAUGGGCUUCAGAGGAUUCUGGAUUUAUCGCCCAUCGUAAAAAUCAAUAUGAGGAAACAUUGUUUAAGAUUGAAGAGGAAAGACAUGAGUAUGACUUCUACAUUGAAUCUAAUUUAAGAACUAUCCAAUGCUUAGAAACAAUCGUAAAUAAGAUAGAAAAUAUGACGGAAAAUGAGAAGGUCAACUUUAAACUUCCUCCAGGUCUUGGUCAUACUUCGAUGACUAUUUAUAAAAAAGUGAUAAGAAAAGUCUAUGAUAAGGAGAGGGGGUUCGAGAUUAUUGACGCUUUACAUGAACACCCUGCUGUGACAGCUCCGGUUGUUCUGAAAAGACUAAAACAAAAGGAUGAAGAAUGGAGAAGAGCUCAACGCGAGUGGAAUAAGGUCUGGAGGGAGCUAGAACAGAAAGUUUUCUUCAAGUCGUUAGAUCAUUUAGGUUUAACAUUCAAACAGGCCGAUAAAAAAUUAUUAACUACAAAACAACUGAUAUCGGAGAUUAGUAGUAUCAAAGUCGAUCAAACAAACAAAAAAAUUCACUGGUUAACUCCCAAACCAAAGAGCCAGUUAGACUUUGAUUUCCCUGAUAAGAAUAUUUUCUGUGAUAUCUUGUAUUUGGCAGACAGUUUCAUAAGUCAUACUACAGCAUAUUCGAAUCCUGAUAAAGAAAGGUUGAAAGAUUUAUUAAAAUACUUCAUAUCUUUGUUCUUUUCUAUUUCUCUAGAAGAGAUCGAAGAAUCUUUACAAGCUUAUAAGCAAAGUGUAUCAGAAUCUAGCGGAUCCGACGAUGGGGGUUCUAGUGUAUCGAGGAAAAGGUCGUAUCAACAGGAAAUGACUUUGCUUGAUAUUUUGCACAGAAGCAGGUACCAAAAGUUAAAGCGUUCUAAAGAUGAAGAUGGGAAAGUCCCACAACUUUCAGAAGCGCCUGAUGAGGAAUCUAAUAUUAUUGAGGAAGAAGAGCUCAUCAAUGAAGAGGCCAAAAAUCCUUGGCUAACUGGGAAUCUAGUGGAGGAGGCAAACUCUCAGGGUAUGAUUCAAAACCGUGGUAUAUUUAAUUUGUUCGCAAAUACGAAUAUUUAUAUCUUCUUCCGUCACUGGACAACGAUAUAUGAGCGACUUUUGGAAAUCAAGCAAAUGAAUGAAAAAGUCACAAAAGAAAUCAAUACAAGAUCGACGGUUACGUUUGCUAAAGAUUUGGAUCUACUAUCGAACCAACUUUCUGAAAUGGGUCUGGAUUUCAUUGGUGAAGACGCGUACAAACAGGUAUUGAAAUUGAGCAGAAGAUUGAUAAACGGUGAUCUUGAGCAUCAGUGGUUUGAAGAGAGCUUGCGCCAGGCUUAUAAUAAUAGGGCCUUUAAACUUUAUACAAUCGACAAAGUUACUCAAUCGUUAGUGAAGCAUGCUCACACCUUGAUGACCGAUGCUAAAACUGCAGAAAUAAUGGCGUUGUUUGUUAAGGAUAGAAAUGUCACUACGACGAGUGCGAAAGGCCAAAUUAUUUACCGCUUGCAGGUGCGUUCUCAUAUGUCUAACACAGAAAAUAUGUUCAGAAUAGAGUUCGAUAAAAGAACUUUGCACGUUUCCAUUCAAUAUAUUGCCCUUGAUGAUUUGACACUAAAGGAACCUAAAGAAGAUGAAGAUAAAUGGAAAUAUUAUGUAACAUCGUAUGCUUUACCACAUCCGACAGAAGGUGUUUUGCACGAGAAACUGAAGAUACCAUUUUUGGAGAGGCUCAUCGAAUUUGGACAAGAUAUUGAUGGAAAGGAUGUAGAUGAAAAGUUCUCGCCAGAAGGCAUUUCUGUAUCGACAUUGAAAAUUAAAAUCCAGCCAACGACCUAUAAAUUGGAUAUCGAAAAUGGGUCUUACGAUGUUUUUACUCGUAAGUCUGCUAACAAAUAUCCUACUGUUGCUAAUGAUGAUACUCACAAAGAAGUGGUUGUUCAGAAAAAGGAGCUGAUAUCAAGAUUUUUAGACUGUGCGGUUCAUUUGAGAAACGAUCUAAAUGAAAGCCAGAAAAUAAGUAUGCAAGAAAAAUUUGAAAGUCUUAAAGACACUACAGCCAAAUUGAAUGUUGACGGUCAGGUAGUAGACACCAAAAUUGAAGAAGCUACAAAGACGAAACAAGAGCAGCAAGAGAAUUUGGCGUCUUCCGAUGCGAGUGUGUUUUCUUCCACGUCUGAUGUACCACAAGAUGAUAAUAUAGAAGUGAUGCGAAGUACGGGACUCUCAGAUACAGAGACAAAGAUCUAG